AUGGGAGGUAGUAGCGUCGGUGCAACUUCUUACCGGAGCGGCGGCGAAUCGGACGUUGAAUUGGAUGAUUACGAGGUUGAUGAUUUCAGAGAAGGAAUUGUGGAAUCACGAGGAAACAGAUUCAAUCCCCUCACCAAUUUCUUAGGCUUAGAAUUCUCUGCCGGUAACGGCGGAAAGUUCACCGUCAUCAAUGGAAUCAGAGAUAUCUCCAGAGGCUCCAUUGUUCAUCCCGAUAACCGGUGGUACAAGGCAUGGACCAUGUUCAUAAUGAUAUGGGCACUUUACUCUUCUUUCUUCACUCCACUGGAAUUCGGAUUCUUCAGGGGAUUACCAGAAAAUCUCUUCAUCCUCGACAUCAUAGGCCAAGUCGCUUUCUUAGUUGAUAUUGUCUUAACCUUCUUCGUCGCUUAUAGAGAUAGCAGAACUUACAGAAUGAUCUAUAGACCCAGCUCAAUCGCUUUACGCUACUUAAAAUCAACUUUUCUUAUUGAUUUACUUGCUUGCAUGCCAUGGGAUCUCAUCUACAAGGCAGCAGGGAAAAAAGAAGAAGUGAGAUAUCUGUUGUUGAUAAGGCUAGUUCGAGUUCAUAGAGUAAUCCUGUUUUUCCACAAAAUGGAGAAAGACAUAAGAAUCAAUUACCUUUUCACAAGAAUCGUCAAGCUUAUCUUCGUGGAGCUCUAUUGCACUCACACCGCGGCUUGUAUCUUCUAUUACUUGGCCACCACGCUUCCUCCUUCUCAAGAAGGCUACACUUGGAUCGGAAGCUUGACACUGGGAGAUUACAGUUACUCCAAGUUUAGAGAGAUUGAUCUUUGGACUCGUUACACCACUUCCAUGUACUUUGCAGUUGUCACUAUGGCAACUGUUGGAUAUGGAGAUAUACACGCGGUUAAUAUGCGGGAGAUGAUAUUCGCGAUGGUCUACAUUUCAUUCGACAUGAUUCUAGGUGCUUACUUGAUCGGUAACAUGACUGCUCUGAUUGUAAAAGGUUCGAAAACAGAGAGAUUCCGGGAUAAAAUGGCGGAUAUCAUGCGGUAUAUGAACCGAAACAAACUCGACAGAAACAUCCGUGGUCAGAUUACUGGACAUUUGCGGUUACAGUACGAAAGUAGCUACACCGAAGCAGCUGUUCUUCAAGACAUUCCUGUCUCUAUCCGUGCUAAGAUUGCUCAAACUUUAUACUUGCCGUAUAUUGAGAAAGUUCCACUCUUUCGUGGAUGCUCGUCUGAAUUCAUUAACCAGAUUGUUAUAAGACUUCACGAAGAGUUUUUUCUUCCCGGAGAAGUUAUAAUGGAGCAAGGAAGCGUUGUUGAUCAGCUUUACUUCGUCUGUCAUGGUGAACUGGAGGAAAUAGGUAUAGCUAAAGAUGGAUCUGAAGAAAGAGUGUCACUUCUUCAACCAGACAAUUCAUUUGGAGAGAUUUCAAUCCUCUGCAAUAUCCCUCAGCCUUACACGGUUCGAGUUUCCGAGCUAUGUCGGCUUCUAAGGCUCGAUAAGCAGUCUUUCACCAACAUUCUCGAGAUAUAUUUCCACGAUGGACGGAAGAUUCUCAACAAUCUGCUUGAAGGGAAAGAAUCUAACGUCCGGAUCAAGCAAUUGGAAUCAGAUAUAACCUUUCAUAUCAGCAAACAAGAAGCAGAGCUAGCUUUGAAGUUGAAUAGUGCAGCUUUCUAUGGCGAUCUUUAUCAGCUUAAGAGUCUGAUCCGAGCUGGAGCCGACCCGAACAAGACAGAUUACGACGGAAGAUCGCCUUUGCAUCUUGCAGCCUCUAGAGGAUACGAAGACAUAACAUUAUAUCUUAUUCAAGAGUCAGUAGAUGUAAGUAUCAAAGAUAAAUUAGGGAACACGCCGCUUCUAGAAGCGAUCAAGAACGGGAACGACCGUGUUGCGGCGUUGCUUGUGAAAGAAGGAGCUACAUUGAGAAUAGAGAACGCAGGGAUUUUCCUUUGCACGGUGGUUGCGAAAGGAGACAGUGAUUUCCUCAAACGGCUUCUCGGUAACGGCAUUGAUCCAAAUUCUAAAGAUUAUGAUCACAGGACACCUCUUCACGUCGCUGCUUCUGAAGGGUUGUAUCUCUUGGCAUUGCAAUUGGUAGAAGCAAGUGCUAAUGUUCUUGCCAAAGACAGAUGGGGAAAUACUCCUCUAGAUGAAGCAUUGGGUUGUGGGAACAAGAUGUUGAUAAAACUACUCCAAGAUGCUAAAAAUUCUCAAAUCUCUUCGCUACAAAGUACCUCCAAAGAGUUUAAAGAUAAAGUGUAUAAGAAGAAAUGUACAGUGUAUGCUUCACAUCCGAAUGAUGAAACAGAGAAAAGAAGACGAGGGAUUGUAUUGUGGGUGCCUCGAACCAUCGAGGAGCUUGUAAGAUCUGCAGCGGAACAGCUGAAUGUUUCCGAAGCUUCUUGUGUUUUGUCUGAAGAUGAAGGUAGAAUCAUUGAUGUAGAUUUGAUUACUGAUGGACAAAAACUGUAUCUAACUGUUGAAACAUAA